AAAGUCUGCAAGGUUAAGUAAUGUUUACGCUCUACUAGGUUCCGAAUAACCUCGACACCCAUCCGUCGACAUGGCUAACUUACCAUUGGGCCAUGGCCCUUGCGGGCGACCGCGCGGCAGGGCCGUGGCGCUCCUUCUGAUCCUGGCAUUUUCCUAUGCAGCGGUGGCUACUGCAGGGCCCUUGCUAGCGGGCGCGGUCGCUCACGAUCCGGAAACGAUGUCCGGAUGCAAGUCGAGACCGCACGUGCGAAGGCUUCUGGGCAACAACAGAAGAGUUCUGGCUACCUCACCGCCACCACCACCUCCACCACCGCCGCCUAACUCAUUCCUGAACCCGCCUCCACCUCCUCCGCCUCCUCCUAGCUCAUCCCUAACUUUCAGCCCUCCUCCACCCCCUCCACCACCUCCCGAGAUACUUCCAUUCGGACCUCCUCCACCCGACCUACCUCCACCCAGCCCUCCUCCGCCCCCUCCCCCUCCGCCUGGCACAUACCCUCUCACCCCUCCUAGCCCUCCGCCGCCUCCUCCACCACCCCCUGCCACAUACCCGCUUGCCCC